AUGUCCGCCGAGAACGGUUCAGCCACCAUCCCCCAGGACCCCGCCCAGGUCGCUGAGGCUCCCGCUGGCGGGAAGGGCAAGGGCAAGGCUGCUGCCACCGAGGAGCCCGUCGACCAGUCCAUGGAGGAGGACGAUGACGACUCUUCCGACGAAGAUGAGGGUGGCGACAACGAGGCCGCCGCCGAGGAGGACGAUGACAACAUGGACGAGAUCGACCUGAACAACAUCGUCGAGGGCGGUCGCCGCACCCGAGGCAAGGUCAUCAACUGGGCCGAGGCCGCCAAGGACAUCCCCGCCGAGGACGACGAGGAGGACGAGGACGAUGACUUCGAGGCCGGUGGCGACAACGACGACAAGAUGGACGAGGACUAA